UUAUUUUUUUUUAUUUAUUAUCGCCGGAAAAACAUUGUUCCACUUGCUUUCAUUACAUGACCUACUCAAGCCACCACGACACAAAACAUAUAUUGUUCGUGAAUUCUCAAUUCUCACUGUCUUUAUUUUUUAUCUGAAAAAAAAAAUAUUCUUCCUUCUCUUUUCUGAAACUCCUUAAAGCGAAAUCGCAAAGGGUGUCUUGGAAAGAGAGGGUUUGAUUGAAAAGCAAAGAUCUUUAAGGAAAGAGAAGAGAAAGGGCAACAGUUUUGGUUUUCGGGGGCAAUGGGGGAUUUGGAAAAGCAACAGAGGGCGGUGGAGGGACGGGAGGAAAAUGGGGAUGAUGAAAAGGAGAGUCUUUUGGAGAGUCCGGCGGUUGUGGAUUUUGACAAGCUCUGUUCCUCGGUGGCGUUGCGAAGUUCGCAUGGAAGUUGGGGGAAGCUUGGGGGCAGGGAUGAUGAGCAGCAAGGUGGGGUUUUGAGGAUGUGGGAGGGUGAACUCCUCGAUUGCUUUGACGAUCGCCGCAUCGCUCUUGAAUCUGCGUGUUGUCCUUGCUACCGAUUUGGGAAGAAUAUGAAGCUAGCUGGUUUUGGUUCUUGCUAUCUCCAGGCUAUAGUUUAUAUUGUCCUUGUUCUUGGUGCCCUCGUUAGUUUCAUUGCCUAUACUAUCUGGAGGGUUCAUUACUUCCUAUACCUAGCGGUUGCAUUCACCAUUGCUGUUGGAGUAUACUUAGGAUUCUACCGAACUCGUAUGCGGAAGAAGUUCAACAUCAAGGGUAGUGAUAGUUCGUUGGACGACUGCGCCUACCAUCUUGUCUGUCCUUGUUGCACAUUAUGCCAGGAAUCAAGAACACUUGAGAUGAACAAUGUUCAAAAUGGCACAUGGCACGGUCGUGGUGAUACACUAUGCAUAGGUGGCUUUAGAGAUGAAAGUAAACCUCUGUUCGAGUUAAUUCCUCCUUCUGCUGUGUCCAUCGAGCCUACUGAUGAAAAUAGCACGAAAAAGAGCACAGAUGUUGCUACCAAUGGUUCUUGAAAAAUCGGUUCUUCAUCUGAAUUCAUUCCGAUUUCUCGUGUAGGUUCAUAGGUGGACACAAACUGGUGUACCAUUCAUUCCUAGGAAUUUGGAAUGGUUAACUAAGUUGUUUUUAAAAUCAUUGGAGAGGAACAUCUUAGUUUUCAAAAUGUCACCGUAAUUGUGUAUGUCAUGUUAUGUCAUUCUCAAGUAGUGGGGUCUUAUUUUUACCAAACCCCGCUGUAGUAUAGUUUGAUUAGUCUUGGAAAUAUUUCAUCGUAAAUGUGUAUUAUAUAGUGAACCUUUGAAGUUUGAUCCAUUUUUACCAUGUCACCAUUCCACAC